AUGAAAAGCGGAAUUGACAUGUUCCAAAAAUAUAUCUCCAUGGAAGAAGAAUUCAUUGAAUUUUCGACCAAUACAGUUGUACUCCACAUGGCGACGCGGAAGAUUCUAUGGAGUACAAACGAAGGCACCACUAACAGCCUGAGAAGGAACAGAAAAUCUGGGUCUAGCCGUAGCGGAAGGGAAGAAGCCGGAAGCUGCAGCAAGCAUGGCUGCCCAUAG